CGAACUGGAAGUGUUUACAUCUCUCUCUGACCCCAAAGAAAAUGGCGGAUAUAGACGUGGAAGACGAAAAUAUUUUAACAGCAAUAUUUAAGGAUUCUUUUCCUGGUAAGAAUUAUGUAAUAAUUUUAUUCUAAACAAAGAUUUAAGGGCAAUAUUUCAACAAAAAAAAACCUAAACAAAGCUGCUUAUCGAUGUUUUAUCCUUACGUGUCGCCCUCUUAAUUACUAAUUAUAAUUAGCCAGUUUCGAGAAGUAUGAAUGAAUCGUUUAAUAUUGACAAUUGAAAUUGAAUGCAUAAUGAGAAUGUUAAUGCAAUGUUGUCAACUCACUGUUGUUUUUAUUUUGCUAAGUUACUAAGUACUGUACUCAGCAUUGCUGUCUACUUAAACUUACUUUUGAAAAAAAGUAUGUUCCAAUUUCAUUACUAAGUUUACAGGCCUAAACUUAGUUAUUAGUUAGCACUAAGUUUUAUACUGACUGUACUUUCAGUUUCAUCUUCAACAAUCAAUCUUCUUACUUUCAUAAGAAGAAUUUCAAGAAUUAACUUUUAAUUUGCUACUUUCAACUUUUUAGUUUCUUUUGCCUUAUUAUUAAGUACUAGUCAUUGAUGAGAGAAUGAAAAUGAAUAUUAUUUCUAUACUAUUAGUAAUAGUAUUACUAUUAUUAAACUUUUAAUUAUUGAUUAAAUAAUGAAGAACAGUUAAAAUGGUUACACAAAAGUUUUUAACAAAAAUGAAACUGCAAAAAAUGCAACCAUUAGUCCCUACUACUACUACUACUGACCCUACUCAAAACUUUUCAUGACUGACAAUUAUAGUCGUAAAAUUUUAAUUUGGGGACAUUUUCUAAACCUCAUAGUCAUAGCAUAGCAUAAAUUGCAAGGACUCAGUGGAUCACAAACCUGAUAUGUCACUGAUGAGGAAAGAAAUUUUUAAUGAAUGGACAAAUGUGACAUAGUAUGCUAUACAAUUUUACGAAAACUAUACAUAACUGUACCCGAUAUCUUGGAAAAGUUAUUGCAUCAUUUUUUGACCUGUGCAUAUCGGUACAGGAACUAAUAUCCAAGUAGCUAAUAAAUAGCCUAACUUAUAAAUAAAAGGCCUAAUUUGCUCUUGCUCCAUAUGAUUUUAUUUAGCCAAGUACUCCUAACAGCUGCUACGCCGAAUAAAAAUAAUUAAAAGGCUUCACUCGACCCUAUAUCACCAUUCCCCUUAGCUCAUGUUGGCCUCUUGUACUUUUAAAAAUGUUAUUAAAUAUUUAAUUAUAUUAUGGGCUUUUCUAAGCAAAAACAUUUAAUUGCUUCCACUUCUGUCUUCUCGUCAUCAAAAAUGAUACAAGCUGUGGCUCUAAAGACCUGUUAAUAGCAAUUGAAAAAAAUUUCAGCUUUUAUUAUUUCAUGAAAAGUAAUGAAAUAAAGAAACAUAAGUAUGAAUUUUUUUGUCUUUUAUUUUGUAAAAUUUUUUGUAAAUAUUUUUAUUUCUCAAAUAAUAAUUUCGAAGAUAAUUUUUUUUUUUUUCAUUAGAGAGUUGGCAGGAAAAUCCUGACUUUGUGCAGUACCUUGUUGAACUUAGUUCCUAUGGAGCAGACAGACUGUGUAAGUUAUUGUUGUAUUCAACUCAAGACUUUGGGUUUAAAAAAAACAAUUGUUAAUUCAAAAACAAAAUAUAGUUCACACCUAUUAUUUUAUCUUAACUUUUCCCCAAUAUUUGUUUCAGCGAGAGAACCUGACCGCCUUGGUGAGGAAAAGGCCCAGAUUCUGGCUGAGACUCAAGACCUUGCUUUUCACAACUACACCACAUUCAUUCAGACGGCAGAUUGUUCAAAAGAAAUAUUUCAAGACGUAAUAUUUUAGUUUUAGUUUUUGCUUUAGCCAGCCUUCUUGGGGAAAUUAUAGUGUAACUAUUAAGGAACAUUUUGUCCUUUCAACAUGAUUUUGUAGGAUAUAUGUAUGCAUGUUUUAUUUAUAUAUAUAUUUAUACAUUAUUUACAUUUAAUUUAUACUUAUAUGAGUUGUUUAUUUAUACAAAUUGUUUGGGCCUCAUUAAUUUAUAUAAAAUAUUACCCAGUACCCAACUUUGGCUGAGGUCUUUUUUGGCCCAAAAAACUAGAAAUAUUUUAGUCUAUUUGUCACUGAGAUUUAUAGUAUGCCAAUGCAGUUGUCAUAGAUUGUAAAAUCUUUAAAAAUAGUUUCAUGGAAUGUUUAUUACCAUACCCCCCAUUACUUCAACUUUAGGAUUUUAUAUUCUCUACUUUAUUUUGAUAAUGUUUUUAUUAUUUUACAUUUUGUAGUUUCAAAUCAUUGAGCAGCACCUGGAAGAUCUCCUCCAGAAACUGCCAAGAUUCUCUGAUGAAUGCAGCAAGGUUAUCAAGAAAGCUCAAGAAAUUAGUUCCAGGUAUUUAGCCUUAAAAUAUUAAUAAUGAAUAGCUGGAAAAUUUGUAAUGUUUUUGUAUCUGUUGCAUAAUAGUGGCAAUUUUAUUCCAAAUAGUUUUAAUGUUAAAACAAUUGAUGUCAUCUUCAAGUCCUUAUCAUCAUUAAGUCACAAAAACCUUGAUUGAUAGACAUCAUUUCCCAAUGUUUUUGUUGUGUAAAUUCUUAAAACUCAAUUGACGUCGAAGUAUUUGUCUACCGAUGAUUAUAACGAUAAAAUAAAAAAUCUGCUUUUUAAAAUAAUCACUACUCCUCACCCAAUCAAUAAAAUCUCCCUUGAUCUUGUUUUAUCGUCAGAUUUUCACUGACAUGGCAAAAUUUCUGCUUUCUUUAUAGCAACGUGUUUUGAGUGGCGGGAUGAGUCCUUUAUGGGUUUGAGUCAGUACCAGGCCUGAUUUGGCCAUUACAGAGUUCAUUAGGAUUAGACAGUCUUGUAAUUUAAGAUAUCAUACAAAUCUAAGUCACAUUCUGUAGAGAAACUGAUUCUUUCAAUUUGUUUUGCCUGCCAGCCGGCGCAUGAAUACACUGACCCUUCAACGUCACACCCAACUGCUGGAAGUCUUGGAAAUGCCCCAGCUGAUGGACACCUGUGUAAGAAAUGGCUACUAUGAGGAGGCCCUAGAGCUGGCCGCACAUGUGAAGCGAUUGGAGAAAAAACAUCCAAACAUUCCAGUCAUUACGGUGAGUUCCCUGAAUUUUUCUCAUUCCCGUACUUGUUGGAUCCCAAAUAGUUUUCAAUUUUUAAUUUGAGAAUGGCUGUUGGGCAUUUUUUGUCUUUAUUGUUGUUGUGAAUGUGUGUACCUCCCUUGAUCAGCUCUAAAAUGUUUAAAACAUGAAAGUUUGAGAUUUUGUUAGAUUGCUCCUCUGAUUUCUUAUUACAAAAGCCAUCACAUGGUGUCACCAUACUCUGAAAAAUUUUUUACCUGGGUGAUAUGGAAACUAUGUCAGACUUAUGGCCAUCUUGUCCAAAGAAAAAAUAAUGAUGACCUUUACAAUGUUAUAUACUCCCAUUUAUGUCUUCAGAAUUUUAAUAACCAAAAUGUUAUAUAUUCGUUAUGUUAUAUAUAUUCAGAAUUUUAUAUAUCCAAAAUGUUAUAUAUUCAGAAUGUUAUCUAUUCCUAUAGAGCAUUGUAAAGGAAGUUAAAGCUUCAUCCCAACUAAUGCUAAACCAGCUGAUACAACAGCUGAGGGCCAACCUUCAACUUCCCGCCUGCCUGAGAACCAUUGGCUUCUUGCGACGCAUGGAUGUAUUCACAGAGGCGGAGUUAAGAAUUAAAUUCCUCCAGGUGAGCAACGCCGUAUUUCAUUACAUAUUUAAAUGUUUGGAAGUCGUACCUUUGUGUAUUGUACUGCGGUAAAAAAAUGAAGUUGUUUUUGUUGGCGGGUGGUUUGGGCCGGUACAUUUAGCGCUUAUCCUAACUUCUGACCUUGACUUUUCGCCAGGCGAGGGACUCAUGGUUCCAGAGUAUCUUGGACACAAUACCCAAAGGAGAUCGUGAGUCGUUUGUUGCGUGCACUAUUUACCCAUUCUUACCCAGCCAUGUACAUCAUUUAUUGAACCUACCUUUAAAGACAUUUUUUUUUCUGAUUUAUCAAUACGUACUGUUCAUGCAGCAUGGUGAUCAUGCUACUUAUUUCACUAAAAGACCUUACAACCUUCAUCACAAUACAUUUUUCACUCAGAGAAAUGCUGCUUGACUGAGCAAUAAAAUAGUGCUGUGAUGUACAUUGUGUUAAAAAUAAAAUAAGUAAGAAAUAACCAAGUAUAAAAUGACCAUGCAUUACUAACAUAAUGAUACAUUUGCAUCUCUAAACCCAAGUUGUUUAUUUUGUGAUGAUAACAAUGAAGUUUUAAUGUGAUUACAUUCAUAGCGUUUGUCCUGAUGUGUUUGUUAACAUUAAUGAUGCCAUUGUUGCAGCCUACACUCACAUCAACAAAACUAUCGAGGCAAGCCGCGUGCACCUGUUUGACAUCAUGACCCAGUUCAGAGCCAUCUUCUCGGAUGAAGAUCCGCUGGUCAGCACGGGGAAGGAAGACACCGUCCAUGAAGCUUUGUUGUUUCACAGCUGGGUGCUGCAGAAAGUAUGUGCUCGUUUUGAUUCCCUGUUUUUAAAUCUUUGAGAUUUUUGUUACUGAAAAUGCUUACUUAAAUAAGUAGUUGAUCAAAGCAUUCUUACAAAACAAAACAAGCAGCACUUUCCACAAAGAAAGAUUUGCACAAAUGGGCAUCAAUGGCCAGUAGCUUGACCAGACUUGAAAACAAAAAAAAAGGAAAAUGACCAUAAUGCAAUUGUUUUACACAUUUGAAUUUCCAAAAGACACAAAGAAUAAAAUAAACUUUGAUUCACAAUUCUGUCAUGGUCUGAUACACACCUCUGUCAUGGUCUGAUACACAACUCUGUCAUGAUUUGAUACACAACUCUGUCAUCAUCUGAAUGUUUCAUCCCCUAAUGUCUGGUACUUAGUUGCACGUUUAAUGUGUCCAAAUUUCAUAGAUAUCUCAGUUUCUGGUAACUUUGGAAAAUGACCUGGAAGAGGGAAUAGGUGGUCGUCUUGACUCCAUCUUAGGUCAGUGCAUGUACUUUGGCCUGUCCUUCAGCCGAGUGGGGGCAGAUUUCAGAGGACUCCUGGCACCAAUCUUUGAAAGGGCGGCUCUGAAAUAUUUUAGUGCUGCUUUAAAAGAGGCCAACAAAAAGUAAGUUAGACUUCAUUUGAACAUAAAUUAUAUUUCUUUAUCUAUUCCCACUGAAGCAAACAUCCCAAUCCUUUGGCCAACAUACCGGGCCUUUUGCUAACUCACCAUUUUAAGUUGUUAUAAUCAGACCUUUUUAAUGUUAAGAACAGCUGGAGAAUCCUGAAUUGUGUGUGUGUGUUUUGAAUGUUUUUUUAGGUGGGGGGGGGGGGGGGGGGUGUUUUAGGGGGGCAGUUUUUCUAUGGGAGAGGUGGGGAAGGGGGGGGGUGUGGUGUUGCUUCAGCAUGUUUACAAAAUCUAAAAUUGAAUCCAUUUUUUUAAUCUAGGUUUGAAGAAAACAUGCAAUCGUACAACCUCCUUGGGCUGACGUCAACUGGUGGUCUCCCCUAUGGAAUGGGAUCUUCCCAGGUAAAACUAGUGAAAGAAACAAUGUUGUCCAGAGCCUGUCAUAUGCUAGACAAGUUUCUGACAACUUUACUGAUGGUGCAUAUUACUAUUAAGGUCACAUCAAAAUUCAUUCAGAUCAAUGUAUACAAAGACAGAUUUCAAUGACAUCAAAUUGUUGGUAUGUUUCCCUAAAAGUAGCGUUGGGGACACACGUUUGAGAACUGGUGCAUUCUACAGAUGAUAAUAUUUAAUUUAACUAUUGAGGAGAUUAUUUUUUACUUUCAAUAUAGGCUUUACUUAAUCAGGAAUUAGAUUAUAAAGGAUCUUUAUUCUGAUACUGCUUUGUGAUACAUAAGUGGUGUAGAAAUCUGUGCUAGCUAGCAUCAGUCGCUUUUUUUUUAACUUACUUCUAAUAUAUAACCAGUUUUGACUGUGUUAUACCUGAAUUGUUCAUCUUCAGAGUGGCCAACAUUGAUUGUUUCACACCUGACUUGUUAUCUCCAGAGUGGUCAGUUGUUCCCACCGACAACACUGCUAGACUUCUAUCCUCUGGCGGCAUUCUGUAAUCAUGUUCUGAGCGCCUUCAAUGACCUACGCCUGUGUGCUCCCCUCAAUCUGGCCUGCAAGAUAGCAGAGGAGUUGAACAAGUCUCUGAUGGAAGUUAAUCGAGUCAUUUUAUCAUUUCAUAGGUAUACUCGGGUCAUUUUUGUCAUUUACCAUGUUUUAUUUAUUUUGAAAUAUAAUAAAGUGGAGCUAGAUUUCUUAAAAGUUUGUGGUCAAUUCAUUUGCAAAAAAUAAUUUUGUAAUUCACGAAUGUUGAAACUGAACUCCAGUCUAAUUUCUUUUGUAUGUUUUACUAGCUAGGUAUCUAUUCACAUAGCAUCUUUACUUCCAUAUAUUAUUUUGUGGGUCUUUACUUGUUUUAUAAAAUGCUUGAAAAUUGUCUUUCUGCUUUUAGGACAGGUUUUUAAAAACUUUGCUUUUAAAUUAAAGGAAGGCAAAAAAAUUUGUAAUUCUUAAAAAAAAUUUCACUUGCAAAAUAUCCUAAUGUCACUUAAUUUAAUUAAAUUGAUCCUCACAGAGCAGAGGAGACGACCUUUAACCCCAAGGAGAGGGACCAGUUUGAACAGUUCUCCGCCACCUAUGCCACUGACCUGCUGCCCUAUCUAAACAAGUGUUUACAGGCUCUCUUCCCACCCACCCAGCUGGCGACAGCACUGGGAAUAACAGUCACAGAAAUGAAUAAAAAGGUGUUUUUUUUUUUUUUAUUUGAAAUUAAAUAUAUCCAUCCCUGGUGGACUGGUUCAAAAGAUUUUAUAGUGCUUAUGUCUUUUUGCCUAUGCACAGACGGGGGCAUGAGGCACUGUCCACCAGGUGGUCAAUCUUUUGAAUUUAUAGUUAUCAGAUUUCCAGGGGUUGUUAAAAUGAACUUUCGGGGGAGACCGAGUGACUCCAUUAUUUCAUCUUUGUAAAAUGUCUCCAGUGAUAUUGUCAAGACUAGAUCUAAUUAGUACAUUUUUAAAUUAACACGAAGAUUUUGAAAUGACUAAAUUACUUUAAUUUUAUGAACAUGAUACAAAUAUAUGUAACUAUAUUAAUUUCUUUCACUCCAGGGAAAUGUGGGUGUAUUGGAUCUCACCGCCAUCUUGUCCAAAGUGAGCCACCUGAUGCCAGCGGCUCCGCCCCAACCUGUGGCUGAGCCCCCUGCUCAGACCAGCAGUCACGUGACCUUCACAUUGGGUGCCGACGCUGAAGAGACUCAAGAUGUGAGUCCACGUACCGAACCCGUCACAGAUCAAAGUUUGUUAUCCUCAGAUCUCAAUUCUCAUCAAAAUUCGGACACAUUACCUCCGUUGGACUUGAUUGAUCUUAAUGAAGCCGCUCUAACUAAUCAUCAGGUUGACAGCUUGCCAACCGUGCCGGAUCCAUCUCUGCUUCCUCCAUUCGCUUCAGAUGAAGUUGAUCCUGAAGCUACCUUACCUGUUCCAUUCAACUUAAUACCUGAGGCAACACAAACACCCAUAGCAGUUAUACAAGCCAACGAUAUACAACCAAACUCUACCAACCCUGUACCAGAACCAAUAUCUUCCAGCACUAUAGCUGAGCCGAUAUCUGAACCACUGCAGUCACCUUUUGCUGUGGCUGAACAGGUAGAUUUUCCAACUUCUGCUCCUGAACAAGGUGGCUGGGACACCCAAGGCAUUGACCUUGACAAUCUCGACAACAUGACCUUGGAAGAGUCAGAUCCCGGCAUAGAUUUGGACCUGUUGCCUGCUGCCCCCUAAUAUUUUCCAAGUAUUAAUGUCAGUGUGGACCAAAUGAGAAUGUUGAUUAUUUCAUAUCAUGUACAUUUUUACUGUGCCAUGCCGUUUGUUUAUAUUAGUAAUCUCCAGCAUUGCUCUCAGAGUGAUGGCCUGCUGGCCGCAGCUUUAUGCACAAAUCAUGAUGAUCCCUUUUGCAGACCUUCUGGUAAGUCACUCUGAAAAUCUUGAGAAGCACUGAGGAGACACAAACUUAUUCAACUCUGAGCCGAAAGGACAUUGAAGAAUACUUGGUGUGUUUGUUCCCACUGAGCAAGCUCUAGGCCUAGAGUUAUUCAUCCAAUGAACUUACUUACUUGGAUAAGUAGGACCCCCUCAGGACCACCAAAGAAUAUAAAAAAAAUUCUGGCUGAUUGCUUGGUGCAGAGAUUCUUUUAUAUCUUCCGGCUCCUCACAAAGAUUAAUAUGUAAAUUAUACUUAUGUAAAAUUAUUUAACUGUACAGCAAUUCAUAUAUUUGAUAUUCAAAGUGACUCAAUCUUAGAAGAUGCUGCUCAGACCCCAGGUUGAGAACCAUUGUUUAAUAUGACUUUAUCAUUUCUAAUGUUGUUAAUUUAUCUUUUAUGGGGUUAAUCGUUUUGUGAUAUUUGUACUGAGGGCAUUGUCCACUGGUUGUCCUACAUCUAAGCAUUCUUGGUUUUAUAAAUAAAGUAAUGAAUUAAU